UAUGUUUAGAAGAUUGUGGAAAUGGAUAAUACAUAAAUUUACAGAAUUAACAGAAGUUGAAAGGAUAUUUUUGCUCAAUUCAAGACAGUCCUGUAUUAAAUCUUAUGACACAAUACAUAACUUAGAAUAUAGUAUGGAAAUGUCAACUAAUCAUAAAGAAAUUAUUUCAUAUAACUCUAGCUCAGUUACCUCUAUUAAAACUAUAGAAAAAUAUUUGGCAUCCAAAAAUAUUUCACUGCAUAUAUACUCUCCAGAUCUUUUUUACAGAUAUUGCAUGAUAAGUUUAGAUAAAAUUAUGGCUUAUAAAGAUAUUUGCAAGGAAAUUGAAAUGGUUAGAAGGAUACCUUUUGCAGAAAAUAAUAUAAUACAUCAAAAUAUGCUAAAACAAUUAUGGACAAAUCUUAUGUGUUCAAAUGGUAGCAAAGAUUACCCUGGGUUUAGAGGAUCACAUUGGAUGGACAUUGGAUUUCAAGGUGAAAAUCCUUCAACAGAUUUUAGAGGAAUGGGAAUUUUAGGCUUAAUGAAUCUUUUAUUUUUUUCUGAAUUCCAUGGUACUCAAGCUCAACAAAUUGUUCAGUACUGUUUAAAACCUCAAAAUUAUAGUUAUCCAUUAGCAAUAGUCGGAAUCAAUUUGACAUCCAUGACUAGGGAUUUGUUCAUAGAUGGCACUUUAAAAUAUUACUUUUACGAUUGCCACUUCGAAGAUUCUUUGGACCAACGAUCCUUAACCUUUUAUAACCAUGAUGUAGGUGAGGGUACUGAAAUGAUAAGCGAGGAAAUCCAAUGCCCUACUUAUUUUGACAAGAAGCAUAAAACCCUUUGCAACAUAGAUCUCAUAGAAUUUCACAAGAUAUAUUCGUAUUUGUUACUCUCCUUUCACCACUUCUGGAUUUCCCGCGAGCCCAGAGAUAUAAUGGAAUUUUCAAGAAUCCGUGACGAAUUUUACGAUUACACUGUCUCCCAAAUUAUGUCACAACGAGUUACCGAUAUAAAUUGAGGAAAAAAAUAUUAUUCAUUCCUUCAAACAUACUCAGAAUAAUUUUUUUAUAUAAGUUCUAUUACUUGAUAAGAUCAAAAUUUAUCAUUUGUAUCAUUAAAUUUGCUACUUUCUGAUUAUUAUACAAUAAGAUUCUUAUACAAUAUUUUUUUGCGAUUUUAUCUAAUUAUAAAUGGUUAAAUUUGCUAGUUCGCGCGACCCUACUUAUAUAGAUGUGAUAUUGAUUUUUAAGAUUUUCACAUCCGUCAUAUUAUAUUUAUCAAUUCCUAUAGUUAUAGUGCGUUCAAAUUGCGCGAUUUUGACGCUUACAUUAAUCGCAAAUAAUGAAUUUCGAAUUGGCGCAAUUUUAUCGUUAUGUC